CUUCUCUCCACUCUUCUCUUCUUACUCUUACUCUUCUCGUUCUCUCUCCCCUUCUAUCUCUACAUUGAUUCUCUCUUCUUUCUCUCCCUUCUUUCUUUCUCUUCCAUCCUUUCCACUGUCUACUUCACUUCGACUUCUACCCUACCUCGCUUCUGUCCCUAUUAGCCCAUCUCAACCUCUCCCCUGAAUCCUACAGCCACACGCGUCGCUUCCGACCUCCCCUCGUACAGCCGCAUGCCCAAUGCAUCGCUGCUGACUUGUCCCUCCUACCCAUUCGCUAUCCAUUCGCCGGUCCCUGCUUCCUCACCCUCCCCCAUCCGGGUUCGACUUACUAUGACCCUCGCCCUCUCCCGCCCUUCUCUCGCUUGAUCCUCCCAUCCCCCGCCAACCCGCUCCGACUUGACGUCGACGAGCAUUCCACUCGCUUUUCACUCCCCUCAGCUCACGCUCUUUACGCCGUUGACCGGCUCGACAUUCUUUUCUCUUUUUUUUUAAAGCCUCUUUCCUAACGAUCCACCUGUCACUCGUUCCACGUCAUCAUGGCGCUCUAUCAAACGGACCCGUCUUUCUCUUCCCACCUCCUCUCCACCCGUUCCAUCUUCAAACGUUGCGUCAAAUGCGAGUCCGCCUCGCCUCCCUGCCCCAAAUGUGAGGAGGGCACCACCUGUACCAUGAUCAGCCAGUCCUGCGACUCGUGCCCCACCACAAAAUGUAUCCCCACCUCCUCCGGCGGCGGAUCCGACUCCGGUGGCUCGUCUGGCGAUGACGGCGGCGGUGGUGGAGGCAGUAAUGCCGGCGCCAUCGCCGGUGGGGUCGUCGGUGGUCUCGCCUGCGUUGCCAUCGUCACCUUCCUGGUCUGGUGGUUCGUCAUCCGCAAGAAGCGCCAGGCGUAUGCCCAGCCGGGCGCAUCGGGCGAGAAGCGAAACGCCCAGGCGCGCAAGUCGACCCAGUCCAUCGCCUCCACCGUCCUCACCCGCGCCUCCAACGUCAUCCAGAUCGCCUACAUCCCGGGCGUCACCAACCGUUCCCCGCCCGAGACCCCCGGCUCGCUCGUCCCGCCCGUGCCCCCGCUGCCCGGCUCCUCCCCCGACCAGCACUUCUUCAUGCCCGGCGACCUGCGCGAUUCCUCCUGGACCGACGCCUCCAGCCAGCACCGCAGCAUCGCCCCCAGUCUGCGCAGCAGCGUCGCCACCACCAUCUACCGCGACAACGCCAUCGUCAGCCCCAUGCCCGCCCAGCAGGCCAUGCGCAGUCGCGCCGCCGUCGUCAGCAUCCACGGCGGCAACGGCGCCCCCAUGCCCCCCGACGCCCCCGCCGUCCCCGCCAUCACCCCCGCCCAGCUCGCCAGGGCGGGCGUGCCCGAGUCGACCAGCAACAGCUCGAUCGUCGCCCGCACGGUCACCGCCAAGCCCGUCAUGGUCAAGGCCAAGAAACACAACAAAGGCGGCAGCGACGCCCCCUCGCCCGACGCCACCGUCGCGAGCAAGACGUCCGACGUCCCCACCUCGGGCUUCGACGCCAGCUCCGACGAGGAGGACGAGGAUGAUGCCCGCACCAUCCGCAACCAGCCCCCCGCGGCCGCCCCGCGCGACGCCCAGUCCCGCACGUCCACUGUCAUUGAGGACUCCCCGGCCGCCCACCAGGGUCCGUUCCAGGACCAGGCCCACCCCGCGCCGCCGUCCCGCGACGACACCCACGUGCGCACUUCGGCCUUCUUGGAGACCGACGAGCCACGGUCAAACCGCAGCAGUCGCGUUCCGCCCCCACGGGUCGAGAGUCCAUUUUCCGACCUGAACGAGGUUAAAUGAGCGGCUGUUGAUUUUUAUUGAUUUGUUUGUUUGUUUGGCUUUUAGGGUCUCACGUUGGGAAACUGGGUUUGGUCUGCACAGGCGAUUACGGAGUCGGGUGUUAUAUUCUCUUUUCAUCUAUCUCUUUUCUUUUUUUUUUUUUUUU